GCGUUGUGUCUGUCUGCUAAAAUAAACGUUGAGAAAGUAGUCAGAUGAAUGUACCUUCGGUAGCUAGCAACAGAAGGUUAGCUAGCUAGCUAGAUGAGAAAAAACAUUUUUUUAGUGCCAACGAAUUCUUACAAGAAAGCAUAUUUGACUGAAUUGGAUAUUUACUUUUUUUGUAUAGUGUUUUAAACGCCAAAUUGUGAUAUUUAGCCAACGUUAGCAUGUUACAAAGGAAAUGUUAACUUGUAGCUUCCUAGCUACAUAGACACUGAUCAUAGCUGCAAAGCUAACGUUAGCCAACGAACUACUAGCGUACAAGGUAGAUUUUCAAGCAAAGAAGAGAACAAAACAUAGCUUACGUUUGGUACAUUGCAUUGGGACAUUUUACAGUAAUAUGAAAAAGGACGUGUCGGAGACAUUAGGAUUUGUCCCUCAAAAAGACAUUGUCUACAACAAACUUCUGCCAUAUGCGGAUAAAUUAGAUGAGGAAUCCAAUGACAUUUUGAGUAAAAUCAAAGGAAACUUGGGCCGAGCUGUCCAGCUUCGAGAGAUAUGGCCGGGGGUCUUAUUUUGGACAAGGAAACUUUCCACGUACAUGCGGCUGUACGGGAGAAAGUUCAGCAAGGAGGACCAUGUGCUGUUCAUCAAGCUGCUGUACGAGCUCAUCACCAUGGACAAGCUGGAGAUCAGUAUGAUGCAGGGCUUGGCCCGGCUGCUUAUCAAUCUCCUUAAGAAAAGAGAGCUGCUUUCGCGGGAGGACCUAGAGCUGCCUUGGAGACCAUUAUACGAACUGCAGGAGCGAAUUCUGUACUCCAAGACAGAACACCUGGGCCUCAACUGGUUCCCUAAUUCCCUACGGCCUCGCGCUUCCUCUAAACACGUAAUGAUAAAAUUGUUUCAGAGGUGCACGGUGGAGAACGUGCUGAAGACCCUGGUGAAAUGCUGCAGACCGUAUUUCCCAGACUCGGCCACCCAGGAGAUGCUGGAGGAGUGGCGUCCUCUGCUCUGUCCGUUUGAUGUGACCAUGCAGAAAGCGAUAGGAUACUUUGAGCUCUUCCUUCCCACCACACUGCCCCCACAGCUGCACCACAAGGGUUUCAAGUUAUGGUUUGAUGAGCUCGUCAGCUUGUGGGUGGCCGUACAGAACCUUCCGGGCUGGGAGGUGCAUCUUGUCAACCUGUUUGCUCGCUUGGCCAAUGACAACAUUGGCUACAUUGACUGGGACCCUUAUAUACCCAAGAUCUUCACCAGGAUUCUGCGCAGCCUCAAUCUCCCAGUGGGCACCUGCCAGAUGCUGGUCCCCAGGUAUCUGACCAAUGCCUACGACGUGGGUCACGUCGUCCUCUGGGUCUCCGCCUUGCUGGUCAGUCAUCGCCCGUUCACCGACCGUGUUACCCAUUACAAAUACUUGGAUAUUCCCCAACAUUUGGACAUAACGAGUAAACAUACAGAAUGUAACAGGUACAACACGGUGAGCUCCUGCCCCCAACAGCUUUGUGUCCGUCUUGAAGUGGCUAAGUGUCUGUUGCGUCUGUGCCUGCAGGGGGGUCCCAGUAAGCAAGCCCAGGCGCAGCUCCGCGGGCUCUUCAACAGCAUCACGUCUUUCUUCCAUCCAUCCAACCACGGGCGCUGGCUGAUGAAGUUGAUGAAGCUGUUGCAGCGCCUCCCAGCCAGUGUGGUGCGGCGACUCCACCGCGAGCGCUACAGGAAGCCCACGUGGCUCACUCCGGUGCCAGACAGCCACAAGCUGACGGAGGAGGACAUCACAGCGUUUGUGGAGAGCAUGAUGCAGCCGGUGCUGCUGGCCAUGUUCAGUAAGACUGGCAGUCUGGACGCGGCUCAGGCCCUGCAGAACCUGGCCCUAAUGAGACCGGAACUCGUCAUACCGCCAGUCCUGGAGAAGACGUACCCUGCCAUGGAGACGUUGACAGAGCCCCACCAGCUGACCGCCACUCUGAGCUGUAUGAUUGGCGUGGCUCGUAGCCUGGUGCCCGGGGGCCCGCGCUUCCCAGAGGGCCCCACGCACAUGCUGCCCCUGCUGAUGAGAGCGCUGCCCGGCGUCGACCCCAAUGACUUCAGCAAGUGCAUGAUAACAUUCCAGUUCAUCGCUACGUUUGCGACUCUUGUGCCUUUGGUUGACUGUUCAUCCGCUGUCCAUGAAAGGAGCGACUUGACUGAGGUGGAGAGGGAAAUGUGCUCUGCCUCUGUGGAGUUUGAGGACUUUGUUCUUCAGUUCAUGGACAGGUGUUUUGCCCUGAUAGACAGCAGUACUCUGGAGCAGACCAGAGAGGAGACGGAGACAGAGAAGAUGACCCAUCUGGAGAGCCUGGUGGAGCUGGGACUGUCUUCUACCUUCAGCACCAUCCUUACGCAGUGCUCCAUGGACAUCUUCAAGGUGGCUCUGGAGAAGGUGUUCAACUUUGCCACCACCAACAUCUUUGAGACGCGCGUGGCCGGCAGAAUGGUGGCAGACAUGUGCCGAGCCACGUCCAAGUGCCACCCAGCAGAGUCUCUGAAGCUGUUUGUGCCACACUGCUGCGGUGCCAUAAACCAAAUGGCCAUCAACGAGGAGGUGUUGAGCGAGGAGGAGCUGGACAAGGAGUUACUUUGGAACCUCCAGCUGCUGUCAGAGGUGACCCGAGUGGACGGGGACAAGAUCCUGCCCUAUAGCACCCAGCUGGUUCAGAUCCUGCAGCUGAGCCUGCACCUGAAAUGUAAACAGGGCUACGCCCUGGCCUGUAACCUGCUCCAUCACAUCCUGAGGUCCACAGCCCUGAUCUACCCCACUGAGUACUGCAGUGUCCCUGGAGGCUUUCAACAGCCCACCAAGGACUAUCUGCCCAUCAAGGACUGGGGUCGUCCAGGGGACCUGUGGAACCUGAACAUCCAGUGGCAUGUCCCCAGUACGGAGGAGACCCGCUUUGUGUUCUACGUCCUGGACCUCAUCCUGCGGCCCGAGCUGCUCCGACUGCAGAGACACACCCAGGGGGAACAGGACAUGACCCGAGACGACGUCCUGCAAAGUUUGUCCAUCGUACAGCAUUGCCUUCUGGGAGCGGGAAGCCAGUUGCCACCGCUGCGAGGAGAGCCCAUCCCUGAGCUGGUAACAAGCAUGGUGAGUCUGGCGGAGACCAACCUCUUCACUGGAGUUCACUAUGAUGUGUCCAGAGAGAACUACAGAGACGCUAUCUGCCGAGUGAUGCGGAAACUGCUGCAUCACAUCCUUGAGCAUUCAGAGGACGACACCAAGUCUCUGUUCUCCAUCAUAAAGAUCAUCAGUGACCUGCUGCACUUCAAAGGCUCUCACAAACAGGAGUUUGACUCCCGCUGGAAGAGCUUCAACCUUGUCAAGAAGUCCAUGGAGAACAGGCUUCACGGCAGGAAGCAGCACAUCCGAGCCCUUCUCAUCGACAGAGUCAUGCUACAACACGAGCUGCGUAAGUUAACAGUGGAGGGCUGUGAAUACCGCAGUAUCCACCAGGAGCUGUUGAGGGAUCUACUGAGACUAUCCACCAGCACUUACAGUCAGGUGCGUAGCCGGGCUCAGAGUGUGCUGUUCACAGCCCUGGGGACCUACAACUUCUGCUGCCGCGAUGUGAUCCCCCGUGUGCUGGAAUACCUGGACCCGGGCCGCACAGACGUCACACAGCAGCAGUUCAAAGGUGCCUUAUACUGUCUCCUGGGGAACCACAGUGGGGUGUGCAUGGCCAACCUGCAUGACUGGGACUGCAUCACACUGACCUGGCCGGCCCUCGUCCGCUCUGGCCUCAGCUCGGCCAUGUCCCUGGAGAAGCCCUCCAUAGUGCGCCUGUUCGACGACCUCGCUGACAAGGUCCACCGUCAGUACGAAACCAUCGGCAUCGACUUUGCCAUUCCAGCAAAUUGCAAUGCGUUAGCGGUGCAGCUCCUGACCUCAGGCAAACCCUUGCCACAGGACCCGGUCCCCUCAGAAGAAGAAGAAGCAGAGGGCCUUAGGAAACAGGAGGAGAAGAACCUUGACUCUGUAAAGAAAUACGAGAAGCUGGUUGGUGAACUUCUAGACUGCCUCAAUGACAGAAACAUGCCUUGGAAGUUUGAGCACAUCGCCAUUGGCUUCAUGUCUCUGCUAUUGAGGGACGACCACCCUCUUCCCUCUGCUGCUGUCCUCUUCUUCGUCAAGAGCCUCAACCACGACUCCCUGCUGGUCCGCAAGGUGGCUAUAUCAGCCGUAGCAGGUAUCAUGAAGCAACUCAAGAGGCCCCACAAAAAAGUGCCAGUCAACACCAAUGAGCUUUGUGGUUUGAAGGAGUGGUCUGGUCUGACAGCGGGGGACAGGCCUGAUAAUAAGUGGCUCCAGUACAACAGCAGCAGUCUGCCUCGUAGCCAGCAGGCCUGGGAAGCCUGUAUGUUUGUAGAGAAGACACACUGGGGAUACUACAGCUGGCCCCAGAAACUCAUGAUGUACGCACCCUCUGAGGAGCAGCCUAAACAAGGACUGACCAGGGAGGAGAUGACUGAGCGGGAGCAGAUCAUCUAUGACCACUUUUCAGACCCAGUGUUCAUCAACCAGCUGAUUGAGUUCCUUUCUCUGGAGGAUCGGAAGGGCAAGGACAAGUUCAGCCCCCGCAGGUUCUGCCUCUUCAAGGGUCUGUUUCGUAACUUCCACGAUGCCUUCCUGCCCCUGCUGAAACCACACAUGGAGCGUCUGGUGGCCGACACGCAUGAGAGCAAACAGCGCUGUGUCGCUGAGAUCACGUCUGGACUGAUCAGGGGCUCCAAGCACUGGAGCUACCAGAAGGUGGAGAGUCUUUGGGAGUUCCUGUGUCCUCUGAUUCGUACUGCGCUGAACAACAUCACCGUGGAGACCUACGCCGACUGGGGCACCUGCAUCGCUACUGCCUGUGAAAGUAGAGACCCACGGAAGCUCCACUGGCUGUUCGAGAUGCUGAUGGAGUCUCCUGUCAAUGGGGAAGGGGGGUCCUUUGUAGACGCCUGUCGCCUUUAUGUGCUGCAAGGAGGGUUGGCCCAACAGGAGUGGAGAGUCCCUGAACUCCUUCAUCGUCUGCUGCAGUACCUGGAGCCCAAACUCACGCAGGUCUACAAGAACGUCCGAGAGCGCAUUGGCAGCGUCCUCACCUACAUCUUCAUGAUUGAUGUGAACCUGCCUUACACGCGGCCAACGGCCUCGCCCCGCAUAAAGGAGUUCACGGAGAGGGUGAUGCUGCGCCUCAAGCCCCUAAUGGAGGGAGACGAGGAGAUCCAGAACCAUGUGGUGGAGGAGAAUGAGGUGGGGGAGCAGGACGAGAGGACCCAGGCCAUCAAACUGCUAAAGACAGUUCUGAAGUGGCUGAUGGCCAGUGCUGGACGUUCCUUCUCCACGGCCGUUCCUGAACAACUGCAGUUACUGCCUCUGCUCUUCAAGAUCGCUCCUGUGGAGAAUGAUGACAGCUAUGAUGAGUUGAAGAGGGAUGCGAAGACCUGUCUGUCUCUGAUGUCCCAGGGAUUACUGUACACAGAGCAGAUACCACAGGUCCUACUGGCACUGCGUGUGAUCGCUGGCAGCGGUUCUUGGCAUGCCCGCUACACAGUACUGACCUACCUGCAGAUCAUGGUCUUCUACAACCUGUUCACCUUCAUGAGCGACCAGAGAGCCGUCGAUGACGUCAGAGCCCUGGUCAUACGCCUUCUGGAGGACGAGCAGCUAGAGGUGAGGGAGAUGGCCGCCACCACCCUGAGUGGUUUCCUCCAGUGUAACUUCCUGUCCAUGGACGCGGCGAUGCAAAGCCACUUUGAGGCCCUCUGCAAGACCCGCCUGCCCAAGAAGAGGAGGAGGGAACUGGGCUCUGUGAUGGACACCAUCCCCUCCGGAGACCUGGUUCGGCGCCAUGCUGGGGUCCUGGGGCUUAGUGCUUGUAUCCUGUCCAGUCCCUACGAUGUCCCCACCUGGAUGCCCCAGCUCCUGAUGGACCUCAGUGCCCACCUCAAUGACACACAGCCCAUUGAGAUGACAGUGAAGAAGACCCUGUCCAACUUCCGGAGGACUCACCAUGACAACUGGCAAGAGCACAAACAGCAGUUUACUGAUGACCAGCUGCUGGUUUUGACUGACCUGCUAGUUUCUCCCUGCUACUAUGCCUAAAAACCUGGGCCUCAAUGCGACUUUCAGAAGGAGAUGAUGAUGAAUGAGCAACCAUGUCCUCCCCAAGCCGCCUGUCAGUUCCUCACUCUGGCAUCGAUCUGGGAAGGUCUCGGACAGAACCGGCCCAGUGUUCAUAAUGUCUCCCAGUAGAAUUGCUAAGCUGCGAAUAGGUUUUGCAUCUUGGCAAGUGUGAGGGUCCUGGUUCUGGGUGAACAGCGUCACAGGGGGGGGGGGCCUCUGUGGACACAACCUGAAAAUGAGAAGGCAGGAGGUGGGGGACGGGGGGGGGACGAGCUCCUCAGCCCAGGGCCUUGCCCUACGACCAGACCAACACCUGGGCCCGUUCGUUAGGCGCUCGACAGAACAACACCGACGACACUACCCUAAUGACUAGCUUACGUUGUAUGCUAAUGAACGCGACCCUGUACAUUGGGGGGGUGGGGGGGGACACACGACUUAUACUCAUUUAAACGGACGGAUGGAAGAAAACACGACUGAUGUAUUUAUGUAUUUUAGUGCUCAUUUACAUUUCUACUAUACUUAAUAUUUAAGGUUAAAACCGAAGCAGGGGUGACCAGCCUGCUGUUUGUAAUAUCACUGUACAGUUUAUUUUUCUUUAUUUGCUUGAGCGCGUGCGUGCGUGUGUUAAUGUGGAAUGUUUGAUUGUGACACCAACCGGUUUCCUCUUAGCUCUGGUUCUCCACUAGUGCCGCGACCAGAACCAAUAUUCCCCAUCCUGUCACCCUCCAGAGUACAACAAUCUGUCCGUUUUUUCCUCUGAGCCAAGUAGAGCAGAGACUUUCUGUCCUGGUAAUUUCAAUUGUCCUCUUGGUCCGUAUGUGUUCAGAUCACUGUUCUGUGUCUUCAGGUUACAUUAGGUGUGUAUCGCAAAUGGCACUCUUUUUUUUUUUUUUU